CUUUCUUUUCUAGCGCCGCAUCGUGAAGUCGCCGGACCGGAGAACUUUCGAAUCCAUCUGUGGCCGCCGCCGUCUGUCCUUUACAUCUAUCUAGGCAAACGCGCGUUCGCUCUGUAUCACCCAUGUUGUACUACUAGCCUCGUUCUUUCAUCUGCUAAUCCUUUGCGACCCGAGCUGUCGCCAGCCACGAUGCUUCGCAACGCCGCCAACGCGGCGCGCAAGGCCGUCACCGAGCUAUCGCAAUAUCCGAAGCCUGGCGACAAGCUACACGGCUUCACGCUCGUCCGCUCCAAGCACGUGCCCGAGCUCGAGCUGACCGCCCUGCACCUGCAACACGACAAGACGGGCGCCGACUACCUGCACAUCGCGCGCGACGACAGCAACAAUGUCUUCUCCAUCGGCUUCAAGACGAACCCGCCCGACGCCACCGGCGUACCGCACAUCCUCGAGCACACGACGCUGUGCGGCAGCGACAAGUAUCCGAUUCGUGAUCCGUUUUUCAAGAUGCUUCCGCGCACCUUGUCCAACUUCAUGAACGCCUUCACAGCCUCGGAUCAUACCUUUUAUCCGUUUGCGACGGCCAACGCCCAAGACUUCAAGAACCUCAUGUCCGUCUAUCUCGACUCGACCUUGCAUCCGCUGCUCAAGCAGUCCGACUUCACCCAAGAGGGAUGGAGAAUUGGCCCAGAGAACCCCAACGGCCAAACGGAAGAGAGCAAGAAGCUCGUCUUCAAGGGCGUUGUCUACAACGAAAUGAAGGGUCAAAUGUCUGACGCGGGCUACCUCUACUACAUCCGUUUCCAGGACCACAUCUUCCCCGACAUUAACAACUCGGGCGGCGAUCCCCAGAAGAUCACCGAUCUUACAUACGAGCAGCUCAAGAAUUUCCAUGCCCAGCACUAUCACCCGAGCAACGCCAAACUCUUCACCUAUGGAGACAUGCCGCUGGCAGACCACCUGCAAGAGGUUGAUGCCAGGCUACAAACCUUUGACAGAAUCAAGGCAGAUGGUCAGAUCCACGAGCCGAUUGAGUUGAAGGGUCCAAAGGAUGUCACACUCUAUGGACCCCAAGACCCUCUCGUUGACGCUGAUCGGCAGUAUAAAACAUCCGUGUCUUGGAUCACGGGCGACACCACGGAUGUGCUAGAGUCCUUCUCCAUUGCGCUUCUGUCAACCCUCUUGAUGGAUGGGUAUGGCUCGCCGCUGUACCGUGGUUUGAUUGAAGCAGGCAUGGGGUUCGACUUCAGUCCCAACGCGGGCUAUGACUCUUCGGCGAAGCGGGGCAUCUUUUCCAUUGGCCUGACUGGCGUUCAAGAAGCAGAUGUGCCCAAGCUCAAGGGCAAGGUACAAGAGAUUCUUCGUCAAGCACGGGACGCUGGAUUCGAGCAGACCAAGAUUGACGGCGCCCUGCAUCAGCUCGAGUUGUCUCUCAAGCACAAGACGGCCAACUUUGGUUUCUCCAUGCUCAACAGACUCAAGCCAAGAUGGUUCAACGGCACCGAUCCAUUUGACUCCCUUGCUUGGAGCGACACGAUCAACGGCUUCCAGGCGCGUCUCGCCCAAGGAGGCUAUCUUGAGGGCCUCAUCGACAAGUACCUGCUCAACGACAAUGCGCUGACCUUCACCAUGGCGCCGUCGCCCACAUUUGCGGAAGAGCUGGCCAAGGAGGAGCAAACGCGCCUGUCAGACAAGAUUAGCGAAGCCGUUGCACGGGCUGGCGGUGAGGAGCAUGCCCGAAAGCAGUUUGAGCAGCAGGAGCAGGAGCUCUUGGUGGAACAGAACAAAACCAACACCGAGGACCUCAGCUGUCUUCCAACAGUUCAUGUCAAGGACAUCCCUCGCUCGGUUGAUCCGGUGGUCGUCCGGGAUCAAGUGCUCGCCGGAACUCCCAUACAAUGGCACGAGGCGCCCACCAAUGGCCUUACCUACUUCCGCGCGAUUAACACGCUGGAGAACCUGCCUGACGACCUCCGGGAGCUCAUUCCCUUGUUCACCGACAGCAUUAUGCGCCUCGGCACCAAGGACAUGACAAUGGAGCAGUUGGAGGACCUCAUCAAGCUCAAGACGGGCGGUGUUUCCGUUGGCUACCACUCGACCCCGUCUCCCACCGACUUCCACCAGUCCAGCGAAGGCAUCAUCUUCACGGGCAUGGCUCUGGAUAGAAACGUGCCGGUCAUGUACGACAUCCUGCGCAAGCUAGUCCUUGAAACCAACUUUGACAGCCCCGAGGCCGCUUUACGGAUUCGACAGCUGCUGCAGGCCUCGUCCGACGGCGUGGUCAAUGAUAUUGCUUCAUCCGGCCAUCGAUUCGCCGUGGGGUACUCGGAGUCGAGCUUGACGCGCAGCGCGUGGCUGCGACAACAAGUUGCUGGCCUGUCGCAGGUCAAGCUGGUGACGAGGCUGGCCGGCCGUCCUGAGACGGACGCGCUGGAGGAUGUCAUUGGCAAACUCAAGCGGAUUCAAUCGUUUGCUUUGGCGAGCGACAAGAUGCGCACGGCUGUUACUUGCGGUUCAGAGAGUGUGCAAGAUAACUCCUCGUCGCUCCAGAAGUUCAUGGCCAACCUGCCGAGCGGCCUGGGCGGACUCGAGAACGUGGCUCCACGACAGAUGCCUAAGGACAGCAAGACCUUCUUCCCCUUGCCUUACCAGGUUUACUAUGGGGGUCUUUCGGUGCCGACCGUGUCGUACACUUCCCCGCAAGGGGCGCCCCUCCAGAUCCUCUCACAUCUCCUGACGCACAAGCACCUGCACCACGAGAUUCGCGAAAAGGGUGGUGCAUAUGGGGGCGGGGCGCUGUGCAAGCCGCUGGACGGUUUAUUUGGGUUCUACUCGUACCGCGACCCCAAUCCGCAGAACACCCUGGGGAUCAUGCGAAACGCGGGUCGUUGGGCGGUCGACAAGGAGUGGACGGACCGAGACCUCGAAGAGGCCAAGAUCUCCGUCUUCCAGAGUGUGGACGCGCCCAAGGCGGUGAACCAGGAGGGCAUGGCCAGGUUUCUCUCGGGCAUCACGGAGGAGAUGAAGCAGAAGAAGCGCGAGCAGCUCCUAGACGUGACAAAGGAGCAAGUGCGAGAGGCAGCGCAAAAGUACCUCGUGGAGACGGUCGAAAAGGGGGAAGACCGCGUGGCUUUCCUGGGCGAGAAGCAGGCUUGGGUGGACGGCUCGUGGCGGUUGGAGGAGAUGAACGUCCCGGGCGCCGCGGCCGAGUAACAAAGAGAGCUCACGACGAGCAACGCAACAAGCACAACCGCGCCCGACCCCCGGCGGACUCAGCGGCGAUUGACGGCCGGCAGCAGGUAUGUUGCGCAUCUGUACGACACGGCGGGGGUACACAUAUGUACAGUACUUUACAUUGGGGAAACAGCGAGCAUACAGGACAGUAUAGACGACCCAUCUCUAGGACCAAAAAAAGACGCAUACAAGUUUGUCGUGGGGAUGGGAGGCCUCGGACGUGAGCCGGGUGCGGCUGGGGUAAUGGGUAAUUGGCGCGCGGCACAUGUUUGACGAUGACGAUUGGUGUUGGUAACUGCAAGUACGCGUUCAGAUACGAUACAUCUUUCUGCCGAGGACCUUUUUAGCUCCUCACAGCCAUGGCAGGGAGAUCACAGAGCAACGCAAGAGCAAGCACCGACAGAAGUCUCCCCCCGGGCGCGUUCUCGUCCCAUUCCGUUGCCCUCCUCUGCUAGACCCCCUUUUGCUCCCCCUCCCUCCCCUUCCUUUCCCUCUCGCUCCCGAUGCCCGCUGCGGAGCGUAACAAAAUGCACCAAGCGCAAAAGGGGCGGUGGGAUCGGAGGGUGGUGGCGGGCGGGCGUGGGCGUGUGUCUGCGAGCGAGUGCGCGCGCGUGCAAUGGUGACUUUUCUCGGCCGCGGGGUGGCGGACGUUGAGCUCGUUCUAUCAGAGCCGGAGUCCUUGAGCCUUGGAUUGCCGGACUAAAGAGCAGAGUACAUGCGUAGAUACAUACAUGCCUGAGCUCAAUACCGACGAGUACUAUUAGGUAGUAGGUACAGGUAGGGUGCUACGCAAGGUCGGUAUAGGUAACACAGGCACAUGCACAAUGUAUCGUGUAUCGAUAGGUACACCUUGGAUAAGUAAUAAAAAAAGAGAGCCUUGAGUCAGUUGACUUGACAAGUUAGUUGUAAAGAGAGAGAGAGAGAGAGAGGGCUGGCGGAAAAGUAUGAAUGCCGUUUUUUCCGAAGAUGGGGCGGGAAGCUACGUUGGCUACUACGUACUAACGUUGGGUGUUUCGGCGAGGGGAUGCGGUGUGCGCGUGUCUGUGUGCGCAUGUCUGUGUGUCGCCGCGUCGGCGUCGGUGGCGAUGGCGUGGGACGGGUAGACGGCAGGUGGCAUCCGUCGUCCCGGCUGGGGGGUUUCGCGAUGUCCCCGUUGCACGGACCGAUGGGAUGGUGCGCACGGAGGAAGAGAGAC